AUGACAACUAUCCCAGGAUGCAUCUGUCUCUCUGAGGCUCUGAGUGUUGUUUCUCUCCACACAGAGAGUGUCAGGAAGGCGUUUGAGGAGCGAGGCAUCGCGUCUGGAGAUGACAAAGCAUUCAAACCUCAUCUGACGUUUCUCAAACUCUCUCGAGCACCUAAAUUAUGCAAGCAGGGUGUUAAGAAGCAGCAUCCGGCACUGUUCUCUGAGUUCAAGGGUGUGUCUGGAGACGAAUGCAUGUGUAGAGUGGACCUGUGCUCCAUGCUGAAGAAAAAGAGUGCAGAUGGAUACUACCACCGAGAGAAGAGCGUCAGCUUCAAUCUUCUGCAAAGCAGGCAGCGUGCCACGCGGACAAGUGUUAAGAAGGCCCCGGCGCCAGACGAUGAGGAGCUAGUGAGUCUGAGUAAGCAGCUGGUGGAAGAUGCCGUGUUGCGGGCUGUGCAGCAGUACAUGGAGGAAACUCAGCAGAAUGGCGCCGCACCGAGAGACGAGGCUCCGCCGGGGGCCACCAGCAAACUCAACACCACCAAAUGAGCGCACAAGCCCUGUGCCGACCCCCGAGCCAACCGGAGGAGAGCUGCUAACGCCUCCACCUGCCAGCGGCGUCAGAGCGCAGCCGAGAGAAGGGUUGUGGAGCAUGAGUAAAGCCAAGAUCAGGCCGGAUCUCUGGACAAACACAGCACUCAGACUGAACUUUAUUUUCCUGCCUUCCCCGUCCUGCAUCACUCCUGUCUGUGUGAAUUGGUAACACUUUAUUUUGAUGAUCCCUUUUGAGCAUUCUGUUGGCUAGGGCUGGGAAAAUAAACUGAUGCAUCACGAAUCGAGAAAUGAUUCGGCAUCGAUUCUGAGAUUUUUCC